UGUGUGACGACAGCGCCAGGCGCGGAGCUAACAAGUUCGGCGAUGGCUGGCAGUGAGUGAUGACCCGGUUACUGUCCGUCGCGCGCAGAGUCGUUUUGGCCGCCGUGCGCUGCAGCGCCCGCGGCUGCAGCGGUCUCGGCAUGUUCUAUGCCGUGAAGAGGGGCCGCAAGGCCGGGGUCUUCCUGACCUGGAGCGAAUGUAGAGCCCAGGUGGACCGGUUUCCUGCUGCCAGAUUUAAGAAGUUUGCCACCGAGGAGGAGGCCUGGGCCUUUGUCCGAAAGCCUGCAAGCCCGGAUGGACCAGAAGGAGAGAAAAAUGAACAUGUACAAGAAUCACAAGUGAAAACAAACAAGCGAGUCCGUGAGCCAUUGGACGGAGAUGAAAAUGCAGAACCGUGUGCGAAGCAUGUGAAACAGAACACAGAAUCGGUGCCUUCAGUUAGCAAAGACACUUUUUCUUACAUGGGAGACUUUGUCGUUGUCUACACUGACGGCUGCUGCUCCAGUAACGGGCACAGGAGGGCACGUGCGGGAAUUGGUGUUUACUGGGGACCGGGCCAUCCUUUGAACUUAGGCAUUAGGCUUCCCGGGCGGCAGACGAACCAAAGAGCAGAAAUUCAUGCAGCCUGCAAAGCCAUCGAGCAGGCGAAGGCUCAGAACAUCCAGAAGCUGGUUCUGUAUACGGACAGUAUGUUUACUAUAAAUGGGAUCACUAACUGGGUUCAAGGUUGGAAGAAGAACGGGUGGAAAACGAGCACGGGGAAAGACGUGAUCAACAAGGAGGACUUUGUGGUGCUGGAGCAGCUGACCCACGGCAUGGACAUCCAGUGGAUGCAUGUUCCUGGUCAUUCGGGAUUUAUAGGCAAUGAAGAAGCUGACAGAUUAGCAAGAGAAGGAGCUAAGCAAUCUGAAGACUGAACGAAGUAAUUUUAAUUCUUGGAAAAGCUUCCACUGUGAGCUGGGGAAGGGGCAGAGAGAGGGAGACACAGAAUCCGAAGGAGGCUCCAGGCUCUGAGCUGUCAGCACAGAGCCCGAUGCGGGGCUCGAACCCACAAGCCGUGAGAUCAUGACCUGAGGCGAAGUUGGAUGCUUAACCGACUGAGCCACCCAGGCGCCCCACUUUGGCUGUUUUUCUUAAAAGCACUGUGCAAGUUAAAGUUUGAUAUAAUUGUUUACUUUUACCUUUAUUUGUUUACUACUUUGUUUUAUCAUAAAAACACACAGAAAAUGACACAAAUGUAUAGCUUCUUGAAUUAUUUCUGUAAGGUUAAUUCCCAGGCGAGAACUAGAACUUGGCUGGACACCCCAGAAAGGCUCUCCACGUUCUCCAAUCACAGCCCCUCCCUCGCUCCAAAAUUAAUCCUGACUUUUAUAGAAAUGACUUGCUUGUGUUUCUUUAUGGUAAUUCGGCCUUGUGUACUUUUUUUUUUAACUUGAGAUUUCUUAAGUUUCUUUAAUUUACAGGUUCCCCUGCCAUUUAUUGGGAUCCUCACAAGGUUUACCCGUUGAGGAACCUGGGCCACUUGUCCUGUCGUUUCCCACGGUCUAGGUUUCUCCAUAUACACUCUCCCGGCACAGUCUGGCAUUUUCUUUUGUCUUCUGAAUUUCCUGCAAGUUGGCAGCGGGACCCAGAGGCUUGAUCAGGAUCGGGUUCCACGUGUUCAGCAAACGAUAGAUGGUCGCGUGCGGUCACUUGCAGCUGCAGGCUGUGGUCGUCUUCUUGACGUUGGCAGCUGCCGGUGCUCAGUGUCCGGAUCCACUCGUCGUUCAGGCUCCAAAGUGGUGACACUCUGGGACGUUGCCCAUAGUUAUCGGCUGGAGUGGUUUCAGAAGAUGCUUCCUGUCGCCUGUCUGGUUGUGCCGUGGGGGCGUUCAUUUAGGGAAGUCAGCAGACACGCAAAGAUGAUUGGUCUGUCGUCUUUGGAGGGCGACCGAUCAAGGUUUUUUAUUUAUAUAUUUUCAUAACGUGUGUCGUGAGCUUGUGUACUUUUGCCUGCUUGACAGGUUUCAGGUCAUCGCGGUUUUUAUCUUUAUUGAACCCACAUGGUAGCUUCUUUGGCCUGUAGGAAGGAGGUUCUUCCGGUUGGCUCUUGAUUUCUUUGGAUAUUCAUGUGGACACACAUGUGCACUGACCACACCCAUUUACACGUGUAGACCACGGGCACACUCGUGCGCAGUCCACGUGCCCUGGCAUGCUCAGACACAGGCCACGCAUGUAUGUGCCCCCAGUCAUCUGCUCCAUUGCCGUCUGCUGUGUGGGGACUCAAGACCCAUCUGUACAUUUCCUCCUCCAGAUCUGGAAUUGGCUGUUCCUCUAAGAAUCUCCCCUCCCUCCCCACUCCUCCCCUCCCCUCUCUUUCUUUCCCUCCCUUCCUCU